GGGGGGGGGGGGAAACACUGGCGGCUGUUGGGCGAAUGUUUACCGAGCAAGCAUCGAGUUGUGGUGAGGGAAGUGACAGUCACACUGGCGCCUCGGUGUAUGGUAACAACACAGGUGAUCGGCUUCCACGGUUGCAUUUUACAGCGGAAUGUUCACUCGAAGGGGCCAUGGAGACGUCAAGAAAUCUACACAGAAAGUUUUGGACCCAAAGAAGGAUGUUCUGACGCGGCUGAAACACCUGCGCUCGCUGUUGGAUAUUAUUGACAAGAGUGAGCUGAAGCCAUUCUUCGAGAGCAAUUGUUCACAGAUUUAUUUUAUCUUCUAUGAAAACUUCAGUACACUGGAAAGCAAUUUAAAACAAAAAGGGAUCAAGUCUCUCAGGGAGGAGCUGGACUCCAUCCUCUUUAUUUUUGAAAAAAUCCUGCAGUUUUUGCCGGAGAAAAUCUACAACCGUUGGCAGUUUCACAGUAUAGGCUCUAUUCUGAAAAAGCUUCUACACACUGGAAAUUCUUUCAAGAUCCGAUGUGAGGGGAUCCGUCUCUUCCUGCUGUGGCUGCAAGCCUUGAGGGACAAUUGUGCUGAGGAGCAAUUCCUUAUCUAUGCCUGCCUGGUGCCAGGUUUCCCUGCAGUGCCCUCGUCCAGGGGGCCUUGUACCCUUGACACGAUCAUUUACAACCCUUUCUCCAACCCACCUGAUGCUAAGGUGGUGCCUGAAGAGAUCACCCCACUUGUUCCAGCUGUGGUGGGUGAGAAGGUAGCAGAUGACCAAACUUCUUACAUCCUCGAAACCCUUCUCAAGUUCAUGGUUACCCAGGCAUCCAGUUUAGAGUGGAGGAAUAAAGAAAACCAGGAGACAGGCUUCAGGUUUCUCUUCAGCCUGUUCAAGAAGUACUACCUUCCCCAUCUAUUCCCAUCCUUCACCAAACUCACAAAUCUCUAUAAGCCUUUAUUAGACCUCCCACAUCAUAGACCAAAACCCUUAUAUGUGCCAGUGACAAGGAACAACGAGAGCACCUUCUGCACGAGGGACCAAUACCUGGCACCCCGUGUGGCUUUCAUCACCUGGCUGGUCACCUUCUUCCUCAAGAAGAAGUAUAUCAGCAGUGCUGCAGCAGCGCAGAACACCAAGAAUGGCCCUGAAGUCCUGCCCAAACUCAUCCAGACUGUCACUGCAGGCGGUGGGAGCCAGGAGAAGGAAAAGGAGAAGACGUCAGAGGGGGACACAAACGGUCUCACGGGGGAGCCUGAGAAGAGCCACUCCAAUAGUAGCACACUCUCAGAUCGAAGGCCCAGCGAUUCCAGUUUAUGUAGCAUUGAGGAGGAGCACCAGUAUGUCUAUGACAUGGUGCAUGCCAUCUUACUGUCCACCAGGGAUAAUGUGAAUUUUGUCAACGAGGUCUUCCACCAGGCUUUCCUGUUACCGUCCUGCGAGGCAUCGGCAACCAGGAAGGUGAUUAAAGUUUACCGAACAUGGAUACUACAGGAGAAGCCCAGCUUUAUGACAGAGCCAGAUAAAACUGCACAGGAAGAUGAAGUAGAUGAUAGCACUGAAAGGAUAAUCAACGCAGAGAAUAAUAACUUUCAACCACAGAAACUUGAGAGUCACGGCCACAAGCGAUCCUCAAGUUGGGGAAGGACCUACUCUUUUAGCAGCGCAAUCAGUCGAGGCUUUCUCACAGAGGAGCAGAACAGGGACAUCAAGGCAGGCAUCCAGCCCACACUACAGGUGUUCCUGACAAACUCUUCAAAUGUGUUCCUCCUUGAGCCAUGCCAAGACGUACCCAAGCUCCUGGAAAAUCAGGUUGAGGUGUGCAAGUGUGUCUUGAGCAUCUACCGGCACAUGAUCAUGGAGCACACAAUGGACACACAGACCUGGGAGCAGAUGUUGCAGGUCCUACUGAGGAUCACGGAAGCAGUGAUGAAGAGGCCAUCAGAAAACCAAAGAAAAGACAGCUUUGCUGAAAGUCUGGCAUCCAUCCUUUUUCGGACGAUCAUUGUGGCGUGGGUGCGAGCCAACCUGUGUGUGUACAUCUCUCGGGAACUGUGGGAUGAGCUGCUUGCAGUCCUGUCCUCUCUUACUUAUUGGGAGGAGUUGGUGACCGAGUGGACCAGCAUCAUGGACUCCUUGACGGCAGUGCUGGCCCGCUCUGUUUACGGCCUCGACAUGGCCAACCUGCCUCUGGAUAAACUAAGUGAACAGAAGGAGAAGAAGCAGCGAGCACGUGGAGUGAUUCAGGACUCCCAGAAGGCAGCAGCAGUGGGACGUUCCUUCUCACUAAGUUGGAGGAACCAAGGAGACCUGAGUGGGGCAGGAGUUCAGGAACCAAUGAGGAUUCGUUCUGCCACCACGUCGGGUGCCCCAUGUGUGGAGAAGGCCCGCAACAUUGUCCGACAGAAGGCUUCUGCUAAACGAAGCCAGUCCAUCAGCAACUGUGUUCACCUAUGCGAAGCUUUGCCCACUACUAAAAGCGUUCCUACGCUGCUCCACACUGUGAGCUCUUUCUUGCCUGGUAUCGCUUCUGGUAACUCUGCUUGCUCUCACAGACUCUCAGACGUAGAGGAGUGUCAGCUGUCAGAAUGUGGGGAAGAGUUAGGAGGAGGAGAUAGCCCGCUCCCACGUAGCAGCAGCACCUCAGACAUUACGCAGCAACUCUCAGACACAUUACAAGCCCAGAAGAGAGAGCACUCACCUACUUCAUGUGGUUCUGAUAGCGGAACAUAUGAGAAGAGAGAGGGCAGUGAACCGCCAGUUAUCCAGAUCCGCCGAAGCAGCAGUCCAGCUGAGACAGAAAAUAAUGCUGAGGGGUACCAUCACUACGCAAGGGCCAAGCUCAGAGAGAAAAGUGAGAGUGUUAGCAGCGAGACAUCAAAUGGCUACCUCAACGAAACUGAAAUCACCUGGCAGGUGUUUGACGAGGAGGCUGACAGUCAGUCCACCCAUUCAACCCACAUGGAUGUGACCACUGACCCACAGAGCCAGCGCAGGUUGCUGCUCAGUCACUAUGAGGCUUUAGCAGGUCCCGAGUGUGCGCUCUCUCCCCACUCUUCACCCCCUCCCCAACACCACAACCACUUCCACUACCCUAAGAAACCCCCCGCCUCCCCAGCCCUCGUGGUGCACACUGAGUGUUCGCAGGAUUGCCCCCUGGAUGACAACAUUCAUCAGUCUGUCUUACAUAUGCCACACCACUUGGACAGCAGCGAGUGUCUGACUGAUGAUGUCAGCAUAAUAGCGGGUGGGACCCUGACAGGAUGGCAUGCUGAUUCAGCUUUUGUCCUUUGGCGGAGGAUUUUGGGUAUCCUUGGAGAUGUCAACAACAUCAGAUGCCCCAAAAUCCAUGCUAAAGUGUUUUCUUAUCUCUAUGAGCUCUGGCAAAAACUUGCUAAGAUUCGAGACAACCUUGGAAUCAGUGUGGACAACCAAUUUUCUCCUCCCCAGCCUGCUUUCAUUCCUCCCCUCCGUAUGUUCGCCUCCUGGCUCUUCAGGGCCACCAUGCUACCAGCAGAAUACAAAGCAGGCAAACUUCAGGCCUAUAAGCUGAUCUGUGAGAUGAUGACCAGACAGCAGGAUGUCCUCCCUAACACUGACUUCCUGGUGCACCUCUACCACAUCAUGCACAAAGGCUUUACUAGCAAUGAUCAGGAUGCUUUGAACACCAUUAUUCGUUCCUGCUCUCCAAGAUUCUUCUUCCUCGGCCUGCCAGGCUUCACAAUGCUGGUCAGAGAUUUCAUCACUGCUGCUGCCCGAGUCCUCAGUUGUGACUCUUCAGAGGCUCCCAGGAUGGAAGCUCAAACAAUUCUUGGCUCGUUAGUGUGUUUCCCAAACCUUUACGUCCACAUUCCAGUCCUGCGGAGUGUCGCUGGCUCUGGUGACAUUCUUGUAGGAAAUGAGGAUAUCAAGGAUUAUCUUGUCAAUAUCCUUCUUGAGGCUGCAACAAAGGAACACCGUGAAGGGGCCAGGUGUAUUGCUGUGUGCAGCUUGGGCCUGUGGGUGUGCGAGGAACUGAUGCAAGCAGAUAUCCAUGAUCAGGUGAAAGACGCCAUCAACGUCCUGGGAGUAACACUUAAGGUCAGUGGCCAAUUCGGAAACAAAGCUGUGGCACAGGUAGCCUGUGACGUGUUUCAUCUGCUCAUCUCUCACUGGGAGCCUCUCCAAAAUGUGGAGCCAACUCUGCCUAAGAAAAUCAUUGAGAUAUUUGUGGCCACAAUAGCCUUUUUGUUGCCGAGCGCUGAGCACUCAACAGUGGAAGCCGACAAAAAGUUGGUGGUGUCGUUACUGCUAUGUCUAUUGGACUGGUGCAUGGCUGUUCCCUUGAGUCUGCUGUUGGAAACUAUUACCUCAUCUUUGCCAGAGGACCACACAUCCUGCAAGGCCCCACUGCUGGACUACAUCUACAGGGUGCUGCACUGUUGUGUGUCAGGCUCCACCCUCCACACCCAACAGAGCCAUUACCUCCUCAGCCUGGCAGAUUUGCCCACUGACUACAAUCUCAUGUUGGGACAGGUGAAGAGUUUUGAGCCACCGCCUUCCCAGACGACCACUACUGACUUCCGCAGCUUGCUCACCGUAGCAGAGGAAAAGCGGCGUCGGAGCAUGGAGCUGAUUCCUCUGACAGCGCGGAUGGUCAUGACACACCUGGUGAAUCAUUUGGGCCAUCAUCCAUUAAACGGAGGCCCAGCACUCCUCCAUAGCCUAGUGAGCGAAAAUCAUGACAACCCGUAUGUGGAGUCGUCCGAGCUGUCCUCCGAGGUCUUCAAAAGCCCCAAUCUUCAGCUGUUUGUUUUCAAUGAUACCACACUGGUGUCCUACCUGCAGAUCCCUGCAGAGACCCCCAGUGUCGGACAGCCCUCCCACCCGUCCUCCCAGGUGCGCAUCAUUGUCCGUGACAUUUCAGGUAAAUAUUCGUGGGAUGGGACAAUCCUGUUCUCAACCAUGCAGGAAAAGUGCAAGGAUAUUGGCGUUUUUAAUUCAGCCGAUCACACGCUUGCAACCACCGCUACUACCGCACACAGCAAAAGUCUGUCCAGUUCUCCAACAAGAGGACCGUCCAAGUAUCAUUUCUCUAUUCCUGACUCCUGCGACGUGGAGGAAGUAGAUUAUCUCAAUAAACUUUUAGAGGAUCUUGGCCAGAGCAGCCCAGAAUGCCUCCCCCAAUCUCAACUCCAGCUAAAUCAGCCGGCCUCCUCACCCUUGGGCAUGAACCUUGAGCAUGAAAGUGCCAUCCUCAGUGCCAUUCUUCGUCAGACUCGGCAGGAGGAGGAGCAAGUGAGAAGGUGGGAUGCUGAUGUGAGCUUUCGGGCCUCCAGCCAGAGGGAACCGUCGCACCAGGAACCCAAGGCACCUUUUUAUUAUUGUCGGCUGCUGCUCAAUGACCUUGGCAUGAACUCCUGGGACCGAAGGAAAAGUUUCCAUUUACUGAAGAAGAACUCCAAACUCUUAAGAGAACUAAAGAACUUGGAUUCUCGACAAUGCCGAGAGACACACAAGAUCGCUGUAUUCUACAUUGGCGAGGGCCAAGAAGACAAGUGCUCCAUCCUGUCAAACAGUGCCGGCAGCCAGGCUUAUGAAGACUUUGUUUCUGGGCUCGGAUGGGAGGUGGACCUGGCCACACACUGUGGCUUUAUGGGCGGCCUCCAGCGGAAUGGCAGCACAGGACUAACAGCUCCCUACUAUGCUACCUCCACUGUAGAAGCCAUCUUCCAUGUCUCUACACGUAUGCCAUCUGAUUCUGAUGACUGCCUCACCAAGAAGCUUCGUCACCUUGGAAAUGACGAGAUACACAUAGUGUGGUCAGAGCACACCAGGGAUUAUCGGCGUGGCAUCAUUCCAACGGAUUUUGGAGAUGUGCUGAUUGUCAUCUACCCAAUGGAAAACAACUUGUAUUUCAUCCAAAUCAUGAAGAAACCACAGGUUCCCUUCUUUGGGCCUCUAUUUAAUGGCGCCAUCAUCAAUGGGAAGUUGCUGCCAAGCUUAGUGCGGGCCACUUGCAUCAAUGCCAGCAGAGCUGUCAAAUCCCGGUUGACUCUCUACCAGAGUUUCUAUGAAGAGAGGGCACUCUACCUGGAAGCCAUUGUCCAGAAUCACAGAGAGGUCAUGACAUUUGAAGAUUUCGCCUCGCAGGUGUUCUCUCCCUCCUCUGGCUAUCCAACAAGUGGGACAGCGUGCAGGCGUUGGCCAGGAAUGGUUUGGGACAUGGAAUACCCUUGGGCCAAAAUGGACUGUUCCCUCUCCAGCAGCACAAACACUGAAGUCUCCGCCUACUCCUCAGCCGCAGCUACAUCGACAGACCCUGUUGACCAGGUUUCCCCCACAAUGCCCCAGGCCGCGAGGAGCCGAGUCUCCGGAAGACUCUGUCGAUCGGCUAGCGCAAUAAGCAAAUCGUCCAACUGAGCUGAAACGCAGCCUCUACUUAUUGACUGUGAGAAGCUUCAGCGUGUUUUUCUUGUUGUUGUUUUGUUAGCUCAUGGCACAUGACUAUGUAACUGGAGGGCAAUGCAAUUUUUAAUUUAAGUGGCAAUCAGUCACUCUGUUGAGACGUUUCCUCUUUAAGCAGGACAUUACCCCUAAGCUGUUUCCGCCACUUUGACUGUGAGCGGUGUCUUUUUUUCUUUUUUUUUUUAAACUCUUGUGUCCUCUAAUGCAUUUGAGGAAACCAAUCUUUCUAGGAAAUAGGAGACUUCUUUUCCUGUAGCUACUUUCUUGUAAUCUUAAGGUUUCAGUAUCAGAUGUUGACUUCGAUUUAAAAACUUAAAUCUGCCUUUUUUUAAUUUUUUUUUUUUAUGUACACCUUCCUUUUUGCAUUUAUGAUGAAGGUGCCACCCAUGUGUCGUGGGGCCCCCAACCCAAGUUUUGGACAGUCUGUUUGGAAGCCGCUUUUGCUGCAGCACAAGUAGCAGCAGCCCUUGCUUGUUUUUAAAGCCAGAGUGGACAAUCGGUGACAUCUUUCUAACUUGAGUGGAACUGAAAAUUGUUGGAUUCUUUUUUUUUUUUUUUAAUCACUCUAAUGUACCUUUUUUUAAACGGAUUCAGAUAGAUUGUGUCAUGAUUUGAUUUAUGCAACUCUUCUGGAAUGAGGAAAGACUGCAUUUGUAAUUGUAUUGUGAUGUUGUUAACAUAGGCUCGUGUCCGGUAAUUGAAUAAGUUCCCGCUGUCUCUUUCCUCCUCGAUUAGUUUCCCUGUCCUUUGACAUCGACAUUCCACCAUUCAAGCCAUUGAUUUCUUUUCCUUUUUUUUUUGCACACUUUUUUUUCCUUGGCUCAACUAGCAUUGAAUGUUCUAAGAUGUAUAUUGCUUUAAAUGUUAUUUUCCCUUGUAUGUUUCUCAGAUGUAAAUAGAGAGUCCUAUUUGAUUAAUUCUUUUUGUUGUAGUGUUUUGUGUUUGCGUGUGUUUGAAAAUUUCCGCUUGAGCAUCAGGCAAAGCUUCUCUCCAUGCACUGAUGUGUGUGUGUGUGUGCGCGUGUGCGCCCGCGUGUGUGUCUGUGACAUCUCCUCACUGUGCCUGUGUAUCAUCUGUCCUCUCUGACGCUGUCCCAUUGCCAUUUGAAGUAAACAUGGACGCCCUUCAACUUGUCCUCUUUAGUGGUGUUUUUCGUCUCCCCUGGGACCCACAGCAAAAACAACAGCAGAAUGUCGGGUCCUCUUAAUUGUAGGUGCUGCGCUUCUCCCUCUUGUCUUUACCUGUGAAUGGAAUCAAGAGGCUAGUCCUCGUUCCCAUGAUCCACAAGCUGGAGUUUGGUGUGGCAUGCCUGAGCUGAACUCUCAGAGGCCUCCGAGCAACAGCCUGGCUGGUGCUCUCACCUCUCUAAGCUCCUCAGGUUGCCAUGGCAACCAGGUGUUUCCCCACAGACACACACACAUAUAUAUACACCGUUACACACAUUGCUACCCUCUGAGGACUCCACCCAGGCUGCAAGCUUAUCCCCAUCUGGUACAUUAAUAUGCCUUACUUUUCCAGUCCUCCGCCUCGCACUUCUCAUAGCAGCUCUGCUUGUUUACUGAUGGAUUUAAACAUGCAGCUACAUGAAGCUGGGGAGAUUUUUGUUCAUUUUCAGUUUUGAAGAGGAAAAAUGUAUGAAUUCCUACAGUCUAGGCUUGACACUUGAAAUAAACAUCGAAAGAUUGUAGUGUAGUGAUGGUGUCUGUGCACUUCUUGUUGGUGGCUAAGUCUUUGCAGGUGGACCAAGACAAAACGUUUGUGAAGAAAAUAAACUUGUGAUUGUUUUUUUUCCCUCCUCGUUUUAACAUUUCUUGUUUGUGAAUGGUGUCAAAUUUGAGGGCUAGAGCAUCUUCUUAAUAUAACUAGAUAAAUUCCUGUAAUAUAUUCGUUGUAUAAGAGCCAGAGGGGAUUUAAAGGAAAAAAAGCUUGAAGAUUUAAUCUCUUGUCAACAUAUUGGGCUGUUUUAAUGAUCUGCUAUCUUUUAUUAGAGAUGUGAAAAUAGGAAAAUUUCAUUAAAUGCAAUUUGGAAUUGUA